AUGGCCCGCGAGGAGAUUAUCGACGCGACAGUCGCGGCAUUGGAAGAUGUCGACUUCGGAUCGCUGACGGUCGACGUCAUUAUGCGGCGCACUGAGAUGACCCGAUCCUCCUUCUAUCACUACUUUAAAAGUGUAGAUGAGUUGGCAUUGGGCUUUAUGGACAGGUUUGAAGAAGCUAUCCGAGUCCCUGUCGAUGACUGGCUCGACGGCAAUGGCAGCGAUAACUAUUUGGCCGAUACACAAGAUCACCUGACAGACAUGUUCGUGGCGAUGGAGGCGCACCAUACUGCUAUGCGCGCUUUGGAACAGGCAUCCAAUAACAGCGCGCAGGUCUAUAGCGAGUGGCGGGAGCGGAUCAUCGACUACUUCAUUGAGAAGACAGCCCGCUUCAUUCGUCAGCAGAUCAUGCUCGGACGAUCGAAAGUUACUGACCCUGAUCGCACAGCCCGUGCGCUCAUUCUCAUGAACAAUGCACUCGCGAAUGACAAUAUGCUUCGUACGGAACCAGACGAUGCCAACGCGAUAGGCAAAACCUCCGCUGGCAUCUGGAACGCGACAAUUUACAGCCAAUAG